UACGCGGGUGUCUACACUGGUCUACACCGAGUAGCGCAGAGCAGCGUUCGUAAACUGCUCUCGAGAAGCCACCACGUGACUCGGUUAACCAAGAUGGCGUCUACUAGUCCGUUGAGCGUCUCUCUCUCUCUCUCUGUGCCUUUACUGAAAAAUAAUUAAAAAUCAAAGGACGCCUUGGGAGAUUGCAGAAGAGGCGACUAGAUGUGACCGUAUAUUGUUACGAUUUGUUUGACAGGUGAGCGGAUCGAGGGAUAAGCAACUUUGCUGUGUAUGCAGCGCUUGUGCAUAUGAACCACGGUGGUGUGAACAGUGUUUUCACGUGAACGCUCCUUCCCCGGAUCGGCAUGGAUUGAUAAUCGAUUUAUUUGUACACGCGGCACUCGAUAUUAUUAAUGUCGACCACGUCCCGCGAAGAUGCUCCUGCUGCUGCCUCGGCAUGCUCUUACAGGGGAGUAAAUGGCAACAACAUCAGCCUCGAGGAGAAAAGGUCGGCAACAUUGAGCACUGGCUCUAACUGUAUGAUAAAGUUUGUCUUGCGCAGCAAUUGUGCCGGGGGAACGUUAACCAGCCUUGCACUACCUUGUUUAACUUUAUUAUUGUGGAGUACGUUUGAAAACUUGGUGCCAGUCGCGGUGUCAGGAAUCCUAAUCGCGCUGCAAUUAAAAUACGGAACCGAAUCUACUUGUACAGACACGUUAACGGUUGUCCAGUCGGUAGGAGUACAAAUUAUUAGCAAGAAAGGAUUUCUUUCUUUCGACUCUAGCCAGUUUUUGCCCUGGUGCACCAUACAGGACGUAUUCAUCAAUGAGGUUAUAACAGGGCAAAGAGUAUUAUAUUAUUUAACAUUCUUGAUCAAAGAAUCGGUCGAGGGCAAAGAAGUGACUAGGUUAGUUCCUUUAUUUCGAGAGUGCAAACCCGAAAGAAAAUGCCUGGAAUACAUGUACGCACGGUUGGCCAAUUUGAUUGGCUCAAAAAAGAGAACGAACCUGCCUUGACUAUUCCUGGAUCUUAUUGGUUAUGCCACAAAAGUAGUAUCUAUAAGUUUACCUUCAAGUAUCAACGGUCAACAAAAAAUGACGAACAAUUCACAUAUGGAAGAGAACUAAUGCUGAUUAUAAGAAGGAUCAUAAAAUGCCAGCCGCGACAAGGUCAACAGUUUGGCACUCGUCACCUUCUUGUAACUUACAACAAUACACUUUGGACACGCCAAGAUAAAAUGUUCGCUAUGGUCAAGUUUAAAACUCGACCGGAAGCAGUAACAUUUCCUCGUGCAUUUGUUCUUACUAUAAAAAUAGCAGAUCCUUCGGAAACUACGACAUCCAGCUUAGAUGGUACAGGAUCAAGUAAUAAUGGUAGUUUUCGCAACACUGACUUUCAGAAAACGGUGUCCCAAGAAUGGAACGGGAAACUCACUCCGGAAGACGCGAUUGAAUUCAAUUCAGAAACAUAUACAUCUUCAAACAAUUACAAAACUUCAUAUGUAUAUAAGGCGAACACUGACAUAUUAAGCUCAAGCACGGAAAGUGAUCACAUAGAAAAAGCUUCAUUUAUAUCCAGCAACAAUAACGGCACGGUAUCUUGGCUAGGGUCUCCUACAGUUAGAAGUACUACAAUGGAUAAUAUAAACGGUCACAGCGAUGAUCUGGAAGAACUUGAAAUGAAUGCAAAUAGUAACGUCGAUGGAAUUGAAGAGACGUCCACUCGAAAGAAUUUUAUUAGCGUUUUAAAUAAAAUCAGUAAUGGUUCGUUGUGUGAAGAAAAGGUUGAUAAGAUUCAAAGUAAUGACAAUUACAUUAGUAAAAAAAUAUCUGUACAACGUGAAGAUAAGGAAGACCCGUUUAACACAUUUAAUUCGCCUUCGAACAGCGCUAAACAGCAUAAGAAAUCGAAUGAUUUUCGCAGAAAUGCCGAAGAAUCGGAUAAGGAGAAAUUCAGACCAUCGAAAAAGAUAAAAACAACGCGUUUCAAUGAUCUCGAAGAAUUACCUUUAUUAGAAAGAUAUCUUCUGGAACAAGUAACCGAUGAUCGAAAUAGAAUAGCUGUCACGGAUGACCGUAGCGAUGGUAAUGCUGACAAAGUUGAAUCACCAACCAUGGAUUCGGCAAAUUUACCGUACCAGUACAUUAUUGAAAAAGAAAUAGAGAACUCUGAAAGUAACAUGUGCCCCUCGAUUAAAAAUACAUUGUCUCCGAUCUGCCAUUCUAAUGAGACAUUUGAAUCGCCUUCACUGGCAACCCCUAUUAAUGCAAAUAAUUUAGAAAGUUCAUCCAAUAAUGAUCAAUGCUUAGAAUAUUUAAAAGAAGGCACAUCAUAUCCCGACAACGAUAAAGAAGCAAUUGAAAUGGCUAGAAAUGAAAAAGAAAAUAAUUGUACGGUUCCGUUGGCCGUAACGGAACGAAGUAUUAACGACACCGCUUCUCCGAUUCCGAGAUCAACGAGACCAUCUCCAUUCAAACGCUCUCGAUCUCGAUCUUCCAAAAUUGGCAAUUAUCGCAACAAAGAGGAAAAAACUGGUACCGAACAAAAUGGAGAUACGAAUGGUACUUUACGAUCGUCCGAUAUCACUGAUCUCGUAAUGGAGGGUUUGAUGUUUACCAUUAGACAAGGCAGAGACAGCGUAACAGUUGUUGAACAGAGAACAAAGCUCGAGAUGGACGAGGUGCUGGAAAAUUCCGAGAAAGCCGAGACCAAGGAAGGAGAAAAAUGUCUUCUCAAUUCGAGUCUUCUGCGAUUAGAGAACCUUAUUACCAGAAUCGAUAUGCCAGGAGGUACGGACAAUACGCGGCAUAAAACCGUGUCUUCCCCCCUGGAAGAAAUUUUGAAGCUAACGCCAUCGAAUAACGAAAACUUUGCAAUGAAUAAGGCGCGUAAUUUCUUGGAAUCAACGGAAACACCAAAGGUCGUCCCGAUGCAAGAUCCUUUGACCCCGAAUCCUUCGGUAUCUCAAAAUAUCGGAAAUGGACUCGACAACCCUCGGUCAAAAAUUCUUACGAAAAGGAGGCGACGCCAAAUGCAAUUACCUGAACGACCACUGAGGUCUAGCGUGAGAAACCUCCGGCGCAGCUCCGAGGUAAAUUCGUCCGAAAAGAAAUUCUGCGUUAGCCAGCCAUCGAAAAAAGUUACAGCUUCGGCAGAGGUUUCGAAUACACCCGAAAAAUCGGCGAAUUUGUCAUCGAAACGAAAGAGCACGAAAAUAGCAAAAAGGAAACAGGCAUCGGGGGAAACGAAUGAGAGUAAGAAUGUUCGCGAACAGACAAUUCAGGAAUGCGACGGAGAUCAAUUGGCUGAUAAUAAAAUGCCAAUGGAUACGAGCGAGACGUUAAUGGAGACGGAAAAGGAUAACGAAGAAGGAACGGAUUUUGAUCACGAGGAAGACGAAGACAUUAUACCAGAAUUUCUUCAACACGAACCCUCGCACUCUGGAGGCCCCAUUGACUUACUCAUGGAUGACAUCGAUCCGAAAGAAGAAGAGUUGGACUAUGUUACGGCUUUACAGGAAGACGGAAUUAAUGUAUCGCAGAAACCUAUGUUACCUGAAACGUGUAAUAAAGAAAACUCUUUAUUAUCGCAAGAUAAUAACUCGACUGGGAACGAGAAUGAACAGUCAUUGAAUGCAGAUCAAACAUUACUUGAAAAAAAAAACAAUUCUGUACGUAAACGUCUUUCGGAAACACCACGGGUCGUAUCGAACAAGCUCAUAACCGAUGAUCAAAUUCCACUGGCCCUCCAAAGGGUUUUAAAAAAUAAAAUAAUUAAACGCAGAACCGUUAGUGUUUCUUCUGAUGGAUCUUCCAUGCUUCCCGUUGAAUGCGAAUCUGCUGGUAAUAUUUCACCGAACACCCCAAAGCCGAUGCUUGACGAAAUGCGAAACGACGAAUGUGAAUCUUCACCUUCACAAAAUAUUUCCGAUGAUACAAAAUCAAAGAGUACGUAUCCAAAUGCUCAAAGUGAAGAUCAUGUUGAUAUAAAGGAAUCCACAGUCACCCCAGCAGAAAGACUUAACGAAUCGGAGAAGAAUACUUCAAACAAAGAUUCAUCUACUACAAGUACACUGAUUUCAACCGAAGAUUCAUUGCGUAAAUUAUCAGAAAGAAGAGACAUCACGGAGGAAUUCUAUAGAGAGUUAAACGAAGAUAUACAACAAAGGAAACAUGGUGAUCCUGCUAAAAAGAAGCUCAGGUUACGAAAACGCACAUCGGAUACUAGUGGAAGAAGCAUUAAAAGCGAAGAGCUCACAGUUGAAAUGUGGAAAUUGGUUCACGAUAUUACACGUGGUGCCAGAGUGGUUGUGACACGUAUGGAUGUAAUAAAAACGCCUAAAGUAUCGUAGUACCCUACUUUUAACUCCGCAAGGUAACGAGUUCUUUGUCAGAGGUGCAGAAUACUCGAAAAUGUUUUUACAAAAAGUUGAUCACUCGUUUUUGCUCGCUGCAUCUUAAUGACAAGAAAUAAGCGAUAAAGAAGCAGCAGCAACCGAGAUCUUUAUCGACACGCAGCGUUUGUUUAAUUGUUGCUAGAAAAAUGUAGGUACACAAAAUAUUCUUCAUGGUUCUUCAGUGGAUGUUCAAAAACGUCAUGUCGCUUAGUCUUAUCACCUACUGUACAGUUUCAUUUAGUUAAUAUCGUAAACUUUAUAAAAAUGGUAAAGACUGGUUAUGUAUUUUCUGAGUUAUAAGACCUCACAUAAGUAGACUUAAUAAUGGUCACAAACACUAACCGAAUGUAUUUUCACCUAUAUUUCAUUUAUUUAGGCUUAUGGUACUCUACUUCAGAUUUUUUGCAUCGUUAAGUGCGAUUAGCAUACUCGUUAAGAAUUCAAAUAAACUUAUUCAUUUA